AGGCGAUGGAGUACUACCGGGAGAACGACGUUCCGCGCAGGCUGGAAGAGCUGCUCAACUCCACCUUCUACCUCCAGCCUGCCGAUGUCUACGGGCACCUGAGGAAUUCUUGAAAGUUAACGACUUCCUCAUUUUACAAAGACACCAAGCCCUUGUCUCACCGCUACUUAGUGCAAAAGCUUCCGCCCCUCUGCGUAGGGACACCGUACUGAAUCCUUUUACUCAGGCUCCUUGAGUGGACUUUCUCCCUCAGCUUCAUUCUCCUUCUUCCGUCUCUUUCUUGGAUCACUUCCAAAUGACUUCUGCUCUUCCACAUCAAUGAACCUGCUGUUACUGAGGUUCCAACAAUCCUCUCUGAACAUGUAGUUCUACGCAUGAUCUGAUGGCAAACUGCUUUUCUAAACUUGCAAAGCCUCCCACCAUAUGCAAAGUCGUGGGGAAAAAUGUGCUGGAUGGACUGGGGCUUCCAACACUACAAGUGGAAAUAUUCUGCACCAUUCAAAAUUUUCCCAAGAAUAUAUGUUCUGUGGUGAUCUCAACUCACUUCGAAGUCCAUGAGAACGCUUUACCCGAGCUAGCUGAAGCAGAGGAAUUAGAAAGGUCAGAUGCCGUCAGCACUGCGGUGCGGUGGGUCAACGAAACCAUCACCGAGGAGCUUCAGGGCUUAGCUCCUUCCAACCAGGCUGAGGUGGAUCAGGUGCUCAGGACAUUCUUUGAAAGUAAAGUACAAGAAGAUAAGGAGAGAAAAGAAUUGGAAAAGAGCCUGGAAGACUCCACAGUGCCUACACCUUCACCUCUAACACCACCACUGCCUCCUCCACCUCCAGCCAAAAAAAAAGGACAAAAGCAAGGGAGGAAGGAUACUCUUACAGAAAAACCAAUUAUACCCCCAGAACCUGUUGAACCCAUACUCUGUGGCAGCAUGGCCAUAGGAGCUGUGUCACUGGCUGUUGCCAAAACCAGUGCCGUGCUGGGCAGUAAUCCUCUAUACUUAAAUAUUGCACUGCUGAAGCACCACCAGGAGCAGCCGGCAAAGCUAACUAUACCUCUCCUGAUGGUAUCUCUGGUCAGCUGUGGGAAGUCAUCACCUGGCAAGCUGAAUUUAAUGAAAGAAGUGAUUGGUAUACCCCAUCCUGGACUAACAGCUAAACAAGGUGUGGACAUGCUUCUGGAAAUUCAGAAACACAUUAACCAAGCAAUUGAAAUGUCCCCUCCUCCAAAACCAGAGACAAGAAAAAGUCAAAAUGGAGGCAAAAGAGGUCAACAGCAGAUCACCGGCAAGAUGUCCCAUCUUGGCUGUUUAACCAUUAAUUAUGACACCAUAGAGCAGCCACUGCUCCUAAUACAAGGAAUCUGUGCGAACCUGGGGCUAGAAAUGGGAACGAAUCUCCACCUAGCCAUCAACUGUGCUGCACAUGAACUGAUGGACUAUAGUAAAGGAAAGUAUGAAGUGAUGAUGGGAACCUACAAAAAUGCAGCUGAGAUGGUUGACCUGUAUGUGGAGCUGAUCAACAAGUUCCCUUCAAUUAUUGCCUUAAUUGAUCCUUUCAGGAAGGAGGACUCUGAACAGUGGGACAGCACCUACAAUGCUCUUGGCUCCAAGUGUUACAUAAUUGCAGGCACCGCAUCCAAAAGCAUCUCUAAACUUCUAGAGGAUGGGAACGUCGGCAUCCUCAGAUGCAGCGGGCUGAUCGUAAAACACACAAAUCAAACUACGAUGUCCGACUUGGUGGAAAUGACCAAUCUUAUUGACAGUAAGAAGCACAUCGCUGUCUUUGGAAGUGCAGAAGGAGAGUCGUCUGAUGACAGCCUUGUCGAUUUGGCCGUUGGACUUGGUGUCCGGUUUAUCAAGUUGGGAGGUCUUUCUCGUGGCGAACGGGUGACUAAGUACAAUCGCCUCUUUACUAUAGAGGAAGAACUUGUCCAGAAUGGAACACUGGGUUUCAAUGAAGAACACACAUUUUUCUACUUGAAUGAGGAAGCCGAAAAGGCUGCCGUGGCUGGUGAGCUUCCUGAGACCCCGGAGCCCAUCUUCGCCACAGAAGUUGUGGAGGAAUCAGCCAAAACAUGAGUGUCUUCCAGACGUGCUGCACACGCCCCAGCUGACAGACACACCACUGUAUUAUUAGACUGGGAGCUCUCAAGUGUGUCUUCAUUUUGGUUUUGCUCUAAAACUUCACUAACUCGUGUGCUUUUUCUUCUUUUAAUUUCACUGUUUGGUGAAAUACAGAGACAGUAUUUUGCCCGGAAUUAUACCUGUGAACCUUGUCUUCUGGCCAUCACAUUCCUAUGGGGAUCUUGUUUGUAUACGAGCUCUCCUGUCCAUUUUGGGGGGUCAUGACCUAGUAAAAGAGUACAAUAUUUUUGCCACCAACUCCACACUCAGUUCAAAUACCUCAUACUUUACAAGUCAGAACAUUUCUGAAAAAAAUCUUUCACGCUAGGAGCUCUCUCUGCCAGGAAGGUGUACAUCUUCUGUUUCACGGAUUUUUUAAGAGCGAAUAGCUUCCUCUCACUUUCCUACCCUUAAUUCCCUUUUCUUUGAUUCCCAUCUCUUUCUAAAUUUUAGUUGUUCAUCUAUCAUUUAUAUCUUUGGGGGUCUCCUCAGAUCCUUUUUGGAACAAGAAUGAGCAUAAGUGAGUAAACACAUCAAUGAAUGAAUAUUCUUAAAGCAAUUAAAUGCCCAAUCAUUUUUACUAUAGCAUCUAGUAGGUGAUUAAAAAUGAUGCAACAUAUAGAUUGGCUGAAUUGUCUCUUCUGAAAGCCAGUAUCAGGGUUAUAGCAGAGGAUGACCAGAAAUAAACAUAUUCAAACACAUACCUAUAGACAUAAUAUCCAACUGCUUUAUAUGAUUUAGAUUCUCUGUUCAAACUGUUACCUUUUGUCUUUCCCCCAAAUUAUAUAAAUUGCUAUGUACUGACCUGUGGGAGAGUUGGCUAAGUUUAGAUUUCUGAUAUAUUCCAUAAGUUUUUACUAAGCAUACUGAGGACCUCUCCUUUUGAAGAGUACUAAGAGGGGAAGGUAAUGGCCUUACGGCAGAGCCAAGGCCUUACUCUAAAAGCAGUGAUUUAAAAUAGGUUCAGUUGCAGAUUCUCUCAGAGCACAGGGCAGGAGAACUGGUUGGUAUCACUCUAAGUUGGGAGAACUGUGUCACAGUUUGUUGUUGCUACUGCCUUUCCCGAUGCUUAGCAAUAAACAACGGAUGAGUGUUCAGAUAGCCUCUGCACAUGUACACACACACACACACACACAGACGAAAUAUGGGAGAUCGUAUGAGAGUAUGCCCUGGAAAUGUGACAAAAAUUAUAAUUAAAUGAAUGAAACGAGAGAAAAAAGGUAGAACCAAGUUAAUAACUGAAUAACUACAUUAAACUAACCAAAGAGGUGAUUUAUUACCUCACCAAGUCAACACUUUAAUUUCAGCGCUGAGCACAGCCUACUCACCGUUUCCUUACUUAAGGAUUGGGGUCACCAAUGGAUGUGUAGCAUUUCAAGUUUUUGAAAGUGAUAAGCAUUGUUUCUAUUUAUAUAUUUUCUCUCUCUCUCUACAUAUAUGUUAAAGGAUAUAAAUAAAUAUAAAACAUAUAUAUAUGGAAUCACAUGUAAAGAGAUGAAAGAAACUCAUCAUACCCUAUAUUAAAAAAUGGCAGUGGGACUGGGAAAUGUUAGUGCUCCGAAGAAACUUCAAACCAAAUCCAAUCCUUAAGUAAGGGCUGCCUGAUGAUCUUCCUAAGGUCAGCGAUGAUAAGAGACAGUUAUCCAUUCUCCACAACUUAUUGCCAUAUAAACUGAACCUGUUCCACGAUGAAAGUGAUUAAACAUGUAUAG